UUAUUGUCCGUCAGCUGAAGACUGCGGAAGGAACUUCGAACUCUCUCUCUCUAUAUAUAGCAUUUCACAGAACCAUCCAGAUUCAGUCAAGGAUCGUCUGAAUCUCCAUCUUUCGACCUCUUUAUCACUCUUGAUUCUUCGUUUCUCGGAAGUUUGGUGCCGAUUGAUUACGGUAGUUAUGUUGAGAAAUGAAUAACGGAUUUGGAAAAUGGGGUGUGUUCUUGGUCGGGAGGUUUCUUCUGGCAUAGUUCAGGGGACUCAGGAACAGAAAAGAGAGGGUCAGAUUGAAAGGAAUAAUAGGAAUUUGAGUACUGAAUCUACUGAUAAAGUGCAAAUUGAGGCUGAUGAGGACAAGAAUGAGGUUGAGCAUGGUGGGAAUGUAAAGGGAGAGAAGGCUGUUGGCGUUGGUGAUGGACGAUCGCAAGGAGAGAAGAGAAGAUCUAAGCCUAAUCCGAGACAGGGAAAUUUACCGAAGCAGAAACAGGCGGAGCAAGUUGCAGCAGGAUGGCCAUCUUGGUUAUCUGCACAUGUUGGUGAAGCUAUUGACGGAUGGCUUCCUCGUCGUGCUGAUACUUUUGAGAAAAUUGACAAGAUUGGAUCAGGGACAUAUAGCAAUGUGUACAAAGCGAGGGAUAGUAUUUCUGGAAAAAUUGUUGCCUUAAAGAAGGUGCGAUUUGAUAAUUUAGAACCAGAAAGUGUGAGAUUCAUGUGCAGAGAGAUCAUAAUCUUACGGAAGUUAGAUCAUCCCAAUGUUAUAAAGUUGGAAGGUUUGGUUACUUCAAGAAUGUCGUGUAGUUUAUACUUGGUAUUUGAGUAUAUGGAGCAUGAUUUGGCUGGACUUGCUGCUAGCCCGGAUAUUAAGUUUACUGAGGAGCAGGUUAAGUGUUACAUGCAACAGUUAUUAUCUGGCCUUGAGCAUUGUCAUAGUCGUGGUGUACUCCACCGUGACAUUAAAGGUUCAAACCUUCUUAUUGACGACGGAGGUAUUUUGAGGAUAGCUGAUUUUGGGUUGGCCACAAUCGUUGACCCUAGUAAUAGGCACCUUAUGACUAGUCGGGUGGUUACACUUUGGUAUCGAUCUCCUGAGCUACUUCUUGGGGCUACCAAUUAUGGAGGAAGUAUAGACUUAUGGAGUGCAGGUUGCAUUUUAGCUGAAUUAUUAGCUGGAAAACCUAUCAUGCCUGGUCGUAAUGAGGUAGAACAAUUGCACAAGAUAUUCAAACUAUGUGGCUCUCCAUCUGAUGAAUACUGGAAGAAGUCAAAAUUACCUAAUGCAACGUUAUUUAAGCCGCGGGAUCCAUACAAGCGAAGCAUUACAGAGACAUUCAAACAUUUUCCUCCUUCAUCUCUGCCUUUGAUUGAAACUCUGCUUUCCAUUGAUCCAGCUGAGCGCGGAACUGCUACUGAUGCGUUAAGAAGUGAUUUUUUCAAUACAGAACCUUAUGCUUGUGAUCCAUCUUCUCUGCCAAAAUAUCCUCCAACUAAAGAGAUUGAUGCUAAACGACGUGAUGAUGAGGCUCGCAGGCUCAGAGCUGCAAACAAAACCCAGGUAGAUGGUGCCAAGAAAACAAGAUCACGUGGUAGGGCUGUUCGUGCUGUUCCUGCUCCAGAAGCCAAUGCUGAGCUUCAGUCUAAUAUGGAUCAUCGAAGGCGGCUUAUAACCCAUGCAAAUGCAAAAAGCAGGAGUGAAAAGUUCCCUCCACCUCACCAAGACGGAGCGCUUGGUGUUCCUUUAGGUUCUUCUCACCGUAUUGAUCCUACUACAAUCCCUUCAGAUAUCCCCUUUAGUUCAACUUCGUUUAAUAAUUAUCCAAAGGACAUGAUCGAAAACUGGUCAGGUCCUUUGGGUGAGCCCGCCACAGCUGGCGGUUCAAGAGGCAGGAAACGACCAGGAACAAAAAAAGGUAUAAAUGGAAAAAAUGAGGUUAAAGGGAAGGAAAGUUGGGUUUAAAAAAUUUCUUUUUCUUUUCUUUAUCUCUUUACAUACAUUAAGGAUUUACAUUUAUUGAGAGUCUAUCAGUACACAUUUUCUCAAGGUAUAUUUGAUUUGAUAUCUAAAUGUUUCUGAAAAUUUGAUUAUGCAAAUGGGAUUUCUUUUAGUUCUUCCUUUUUUCAGUUAGGGCACUUAUCUAUUUGUUAUUUGAGAGUCAAUCAUUUGUUCUGUUAUUUUGAUACAUCUCUUGAUUGCUGGUGGUUGGAAAGGUCUUAUUGUUCAUGUAACUUGAAAAUCUCAAUAAAGUUUGUUUAAUUUGAGUGUA